AUGGCUUCUCGUGUCAUCGUCAAAAAUCUUCCGAAGCAUGCGUCUGACGGACGUUUGCGAGACUAUUUUGGGUCAAUCGGAGAAAUCACUGACUGCAAAAUCCAGAAGACAAAAGAUGGCCGAUCCAGAAACUUUGCCUUCAUUGGCUUUAGGAACUCUUCUGAAGCAGAAGCUGCUGUGAAGCAGUUGCACAGGAGUUUUUUUGAUACAUCGCGGGUCAGUGUUGAGAUUGCUCAUGCACCUGGGUCCGAUGCAUUGGCUCGUCCAUGGAGCAAGUAUGCUUUGGGGUCCUCGGCUUAUGAGAAGCGAACUGCCCGCAAAGCUAACAAGAAGGAGAGCUGGCAGAAAGGGAACGAAGCUGAAGAAACCCAUUCUUCUGUAGAAGUUACCAAAGCGGAGGCGACCAAGAAGCAGGAGGAAACUAGAGGACGCCGAAAAAGUGCUGUGGUCAAAGGAACCAAAGCCGUUCGAACUGCAAAUAUAAAACCCACAAAGGCUGGGGUCAGUGACACCAGAACGCAUAUGGAAUUUGCAUCGAGUGAUGAAGAUGUGCAAGGAUCCACGCCUGGCCCAGCAGAAACCCAUGAGCGCAGUCAGCAGUCUUUGGCGUUUGACGAUGAACUGGAUGAUUUGCAGUAUCUCAAGAUGAAGGCUCAAAAGAAAGUUGAAGGGCUACAAGAGGAAGCACAGGAAACCAAUCUGGAACCAAAGGCAUCGCCAAAGAAGCGAAGCAAAGGCAAGCGAAGUUUGAAAAGAAAAAGCGAAGGUGUAGAGAUGGCAGAUGAAAUCGCUGCUGCCGAAUCGGUAGAUGCUGCAGCUGCUGCUGAUGCGGAAGCUGCGGCAGAAGGACCUGAACCAGGCAAUGAAGGCGUGGAAGACUUGGAAUCGUCUGGCCGCUUGUACAUAACUAAUCUCCCUUAUGGCGCCAGCGAAGAUGAGAUUCGAGCGCACUUUGAAACCCUUGGAGAGGUUGAGACGGUAGUUGUUUGCAAGGACGAGGACAGCUUGAAGUCCCGCGGCUUUGGAUACGUAACAUACACGUUUCCUGAAUGCGCUGUGAGAGCGUUAGCAGAGCUGGACCUGAAGUCUUUCCAGGGGCGGUUGCUGCGCCUCUGUGCUGCCAAGCAGAAGCCUGCAGUCGAGCCUUCUGAGCAAAAGGCGAAAGGCGGCACAAGCUCCUACAAGCGCAAGCUUGAAGAGAGGAAAAAGAAGGUGGAUGCGCACCUGGAACAUACCUGGAAUUUACUCUACGUCUCUGCCAAUGCUGCAGCAGAUGCUGCAAGUGCCCAGCUUGGUGUGUCCAAGAGCGAGCUGUUUGGAAAGGAUGCCGAGAACGCUGCAGUGACUGCUGCAUUGACGGAAACCUCCAUCAUCCAGCAAACGAAGUCGUGGCUACAGCGUGAGGGCAUUCGAGUGGAUGCCUUUGAACAAAAAGGCACUGCUCUCACCAACAGCAAGGCUGUGCUGCCAGAAGAUGCAAAACGCCGGGAUGACACUCUAAUUGUAAAGCACCUUCCAGCGUCUGCUACCGCCGCGGAACUGCGCGAGAGGUUUGCACGCUUUGGAGCGCUUGUUCGCUGCACUCUUGCGCCUUCCAACACGGUUGCGAUUGUGCAGUACAGCGACAAAGGGGCGGCCACUAGAGCAUUCCAAAAAUUGGCUUUCUCUCGGUACCGCCAUGUCCCGCUAUAUUUGGAGUGGGCGCCCGAAGAUGUGUUUACUGAGGGUGGUGUUGUUGCUGCAGACGCAGAAGUCGGAGCAGAGGAGGAGGUUGAUGAGGAGUCGCGUGGAUAUCUUUUCGUUAAGAACUUGAAUUUCAGCACCACGGAUGACUCACUAAAGGCCGCAUUCCGGAAGUGUCAAGGCUUCCGCUCUGCAGUUGUGAUGCGCAAGAAGUCAGCUGUCAAGAAGGGCGCAAAGAAGGAAGACAAGACUACCCUGUCCAUGGGAUAUGGCUUUUUGGAGUUCGAGAGCGCAGCACAAGCCCAAGAUGUCUUGAAGCGAAAGCAAGGAGUUCUGGUUGAUGGACAUGCUGUUCAACUCCAAGUCAGUCAGAGAGGGUCAAAGAUGUCUUCGGGCAAAGCAAAUGUCAAGAAGGCAAAGGCACAAGGCAUCAAGUCCUCCAGUGUUUGUGUCCGGAACGUCGCAUUUGAAGCGACCAGAAAAGAGCUAUACCAGCUUUUCGGCGCCUAUGGCACUGUUGUUUCUUGUCGUUUGCCCAAGAAGGCGGACUAUAGUGGACAUCGAGGUUUCGCCUUCAUUGAUUUUGCUUCCAGGGCUGAGGCUCAAGCAGCCUUUGAAGCACUGCAGCACAGUCAUCUUUACGGCCGGCGCCUAGUGAUUGAACCUGCAGAGGAGAAGGCUACCGAUGUCCAGAAUGUGCAGAUGGCAGCUGCGAAGAAGCAGCAGUCGCAGGCACGAGCCAGCGAGGCAAAGAAACGGCGGAAAUCUGGAGUUCUCAAUGCACCUGGGGAGGCUGCUUCGUUUGAGGAGGCUCUCAUAUUCUUUAUUUGGAAGCCGUUUUGGUGCUGGCCCUGGACGAGUCAGCAUGUCGGCUCCACCUCCCCCGCCACCGGAGCCAGGGACCAAUUGAUUCAAGCGACGGGCACUGUUCACAAUUGGAGUUAUACAUCACUUUUUGGGAACAGCUUACUCUACCUAGUUUCUAAUUUAGGGCCGGCAUGCCUUGCCAUCACUUGUGCAACUGCUACUGUGACAGCCAUUGCGCUUGGACUCCGCCGCAAAUUUGGAUCAGAUCGUGGCCCUUGGCCUCAAUCGACGUAUUGCCUGGCCGCCCAACUCCAGAUGGGGAAGGGUGGCAAAGCCAAGGGCAAGGGAAAAGCCGAUGGAAAAGGCGGCAAAGGAAAAGGUAAAGUGAAAGGAGGUAAAGGGAAGAAGGGUGGAGGUAAAGGCGGCAAAGGCGGCAAGGGCGGAGGAAAGAAGGGAGGAGCGGCAAAGGUCGUGAUUGAACCCCACCGUCACGAGGGUGCCUUCGUGUCCAAGGGCAAGGAUGACUCCCUGGUGACGCGGAACCUGGUCCCUGGUGAGUCCGUUUACGGUGAGAAGCGCCUUGUGGCGGAGAGUGCCGACGGAGAAGACAAGAUUGAGUACCGGGUGUGGAAUCCAUUCCGCUCGAAGUUGGGCGCUGGCAUUGUCGGUGGCAUUGGCUCCUGCCCAGUGAAGCCCGGUGCCAAGGUUCUCUAUCUUGGUGGUGCCUCGGGCACCACAGUGUCCCACGUGUCUGACAUGGUGGGGCCAGAAGGCGUGGUCUACGCAGUUGAAUUCAGCCACCGCAGUGGCCGCGACCUGACGAACAUGGCAAAGCGCCGGCCCAACGUGGUGCCCAUUGUGGAGGAUGCACGGCAGCCACAGCGCUAUCGCAUGUUGAUUGGCAUGGUCGAUGUGAUUUUCUCCGACGUGGCUCAGCCUGACCAAGCACGUAUUGUAACGCACAAUGCAGGCUUCUUCCUGAAGAACAAUGGCUGGGUUAUGAUUUCUAUCAAGGCCAACUGCGUGGACUCGACUGCAGCACCUGAGGCCGUUUUUGCAUCGGAGAUUGACAAGCUGCGGAAGGAUGGAGUGAAGCCCAAGGAGCAGUUGACACUCGAACCUUAUCAUCGCGAUCAUGCGCUGGUGGUUGGUAUCUACAGAGCCAGCAAGAAGAAAAAAGAGGAGUGA